GGCAUUGAAAUUUUCCCUUUCUCCCUAUUUGUAAGUUAUCUUGUUUCUCUCACCCAUGUAAAAUAAUAAGUUAAAUCAUUUUAGAAUAUGUUCAAUUAAAACUGAGGCAGGAUACAACUAAGCCAAUGAGCUCAUUUUAUGCAAGUUCCUUCGAAGCUGGGAAAGCAGCCUUUUACUUGGUUCUGCGACAAAAGAGGAGCUGCAUAUAUUAGGCACAGAUUAAUUAAGCAGCAAAGAAACAAUCAUAUUCUAUCAUAUGUCAACCUCCGUGAGCAUGGAUCCCUACAGUGAGGUGAUAUUCGAAGAAAAGAAAGGUGUGAGGAAGGUCAUCUUGAACCGACCCAAGCAACUCAAUACCUUAACAUAUGAAAUGAUGUCCCAGAUGCUAAGACGACUACGAGCUUUUGAAGAGGAUCCGAGCAUCAAAUUUGUGGUUUUAAAGGGAAAUGGAAGAGCUUUCUGUGCUGGUGGUGACGUUAAAUCUGCAAUGAGUUAUCUUGUUCAAGGGCACUGGAGUUAUGGUGCUAGCUACUACAGGAGACAACUGAAUCUCGACUACGUACUUGCGACAUAUCAUAAACCAGUGGUUUCCAUAGUGGACGGAAUCGUGAUGGGAGGAGGUGCUGGCUUAACCAUGCAGUCAAAUUUCCGGAUUGUCACGGAAAAAACCAAAUUUGCUGCACCGGAAGCUGCGAUCGGGCUUUCUCCGGAUUGUGGUGCAUCACAUUUCUUGUCUAGACUUCCGGGGUUUUUUGGAGAAUACUUAGGUUUGACCGGGAGUCGUUUGAAUGGGAUAGAGAUGGUUGCUUGUGGUCUUGCAACUCAUUUUGUCCUUUCUAAGGACUUAAUUUCAAUGGAAGAGGCUCUUGAUUCCCUAGCAGCAUCCACUGGAAAGCUGGAAACCUCAACUGUUUCUGAGACCAUCAAUAAAUUUGUUCAGCAAGUACAUCUCCAAAGAGAUAGUGUCUUUGAAAGAUUAGAUGUUAUCAACAAAUGCUUUUCAAAGGAGACGGUUGAAGAUAUACUCUCAUCCCUGGAAGAGUUAUCUACAAAUGAUCAGCACCAAAAAUGGAUUGUCAAUGCAAUUAAGUCCAUGAAAUCGGCUUCCCCAACAAGUCUUAAACUUUUCCUACGACUGAUUAGGGAAGGACGAGCGCAAAGUUUACGACAGUGUCUUAUUGCUGAGUUCAGGGUGACUUGUCAUGUUCUGCGAAAAACUAUCAACAGUGAUUAUUAUGAGGUUAACAAAAUUUCUUCUUACGGAUGAAUUAUCGGACUUCUUUUUUCUUCAGUUGAUUAAUUAGUUGGUGAAAAUAUUUGAUUCUUGCAGGGUGGAAGAGCAUUGCUAGUUGACAAAAGUCAACCGCCUAAGUGGACACCUUCAAAGCUAGAGCUAGUCAGCCAAGAAAUGGUGGAAACAUACUUUUGUGAAGUUGAAGACGAUGAUGAUUGGGCGCCUUUGCAACUUCCACAGAGAUCUUCAUCACCAUAUGCUGCUUUGUCCAAACUCUAGAUCCGCUGACAAUUAAUCUUGGCAUGGGGAAUCUAUUAAAAGAUUAACAAUACAAAGAUUGCAUGAAGGACUUACUGAAAAAAAAAAAAUAAAUGGUUUUUCGGUCACUCUUUUUCUUAAGUUGAUAACAAUGAGAAUGGAAUUCAAUUCAUAUGCAAAUGUGCAAAUACUAGCACUAAUCAGCUUUUCCACACAUCAAAGUCUCUAUAAUUCAGUGAAGGAGAUGAUACUGAGCAAAUAUGAAAAAUAAUUAUAAAAAAAAAAUUACUAUCGUAAAUUUGCCUCUUAGUUGAAUAGGGGAAUUGAUUAUUGGCAUUUGGCCUUACAAAUUAGUACUUUCUCUUGGUCGUGUCCCA